AUGGCUGAAGUGGUCUUUGCCAGGCAGUUCCUGGCGACCUUGGAGUCGCGGCCGGCCAAGCUGUCGGCCGAUCAUGUCGAGGACCCCAAGAACUUCCCUCCUCGCCCUCCUUACAUCCUGCCCAAGAUGCCCAAGGCGAUGAGCAAGCCCACGAGCCUCGCACCCGGCCAAGAACGAUCCGUCACCGUCUCUCUCAAGUCUCUCCGCAACCCGCCUUUGGAUAUCAAGCUGUCAUCUCAAUCGCUCAACACGUCGAUUCUGGACAUCAAGACGCAGGUCGAGUCGCAGUCGCGCAUACCCGUGGACAAGAUGAAGCUGCUGCACAUCAAGAAGCCCGUGCCGGACAGCAAGGUCUUGAAGGACUUGCUCGCGGAGGAUCAGUCCACGGUGGAAUUCUCGGUCAUGGUCAUUGGUGGAGCCGCGGCGGUCAAGCCGGCUGAGCCCGCCGCCCCCGUCGCGAACGACCCCGCGCAAGGAGAGAUCGGUGAGGCUGCACUGGAGACGGCAGAGUUCUGGGACGAUCUCAAGGGCUUCUUGCUGCAAAGACUCAAGGACGAGAAGAAGGCGGAGGAACUGUCGGCGCUGUGGCGCUCAAACUACCAGGCAACAAAAUCAUGA